GUACUAGGAGCCUGCCUGUUGUACAACUGUUACAGCCAGCCAUGACACCCCCCAACCAUUGACAACAAAUCACAUUUGUUCGCAACAAAUGGCUCUCUAGUUAAUUAACUGAUUGAUGCUGCCCGCCCCAAUGACCCCCCGAAGAAACGACACUGACAAGGCACAUGUGAGGACAGAUGAUUGACAUGUACUGACCGCCAACGCCGCCCCCACAGACAACAAGACUCACGCAGAGGGCAGGGGACACAUCAGGCACACGGACGCACGCACACGAUUCAGAGGAGUGGUCACAACCUACGAUAUUGACAGGCCAAGCGGUGGAGAGCACAGUCGUCUGCGUGCGUGUGUGUGUGUGCAUGUGUGUGUGUGUAUCCGUGUUGGCUGCUACGAUGAUCCAAGAGAUCCAGAAACCAGGAUGGACCGCCGGUCUCGUGGUCGCCUUUGGUUCCUGUCGCCCCGCGACCCCCGCCACCCACCAGCUGACACCGCACACAAGAGUAGGUAGGUUGCCGGCCGGGUCAGUGCGCUCGCUUGUUGUUGUGCGUAUGUGUUCACAUACCGAAGAGCGCUUCGAAUCUGCCAGCACCCAAGUCAUUGAAACCCCAAGACCAGAUAUCGCCACUGCGUCAACAAACAGACCACACAGACACAGAGAAUGCCCUCCGCCCCUUUCCAUUCACAGUCUGUCGGGUAGGGUAUCAUGAAUGAUUCAUUGCUCACCCAUUGAAGUAGAUGUUGCUGUUCCGUUCAGGCCUGCCAAAGAUGGAAGGCACAACCAAUUUCCGCCGUCUCCUAUCGCCACCAUUCGUCACACCCAUCGCCUCAAUCACAACAGCAGCGGCAGUCGCAUUAUUGCCGUCUCUGCUCGGGGAUGGGGCCUCCAUCUCACAACUGGGUGGUGUGCAUCUCACGAGCAGAGGGCUGUCGUCGGCGUAUUCUGGCCCCUUCACGAAGGCGACGGGCAGGCCGCCAGUGGCGUUCGUGUCCGCGAUGAAGAACUGUGCACCGACUGGCAUGAUCUCCAUCCGCUGGCCGGUGAGGAACUUGAUUUCGACAAGUGGGAUGGCGGCGUUCCGGGUGACCUCCGAGAUGCGCAGGAAAGUGUCGACCGACAUGCCCACCCCGAUCUUGUAACUGAAGGCCAGACUCUCUAGUUUGUAGAGGUCCGCUGCACACAGACAUUCACCGAGAGAGGGAGGCAUACCGCGUGUGUCGUUCCUUCCCCCCGGCUGCCGAGAUGAGAUACCCACCCAGAUCGAUGGUGAGGAGGUCGAAGAUGUCGAUGCUCUCCAUGGCUGCCCUGGUCGAGAUGACCGUCUUGCCGUCACUCUUCUUGACCAUCCGGCCAAACCGGUCCACCGUGACGUCUUCCAUCAGCUCGCUGGACACGUAUGCGAUGGCGAACAAGAUGAGCAGUGUGAGCAGCCACCCCACGGCCGCGGCGGCGACGAGGCAGGCAAGGCUUCUGGUCACGCGUUGCUGCCGCUCGACAAAGAUGGCUGCCUGGGCCACGUCAUCAAGGGUGAACCGACCGUCUCCAUCCACCUCCCAUUCCCGCAGUAUCUCCAUCAGCGUGUGGCUGCAGGUCGCAGCGGGACAGCCAAACACCUCGCCAACCACCCUCUGGCAGCACACAGAACACACACAUCAGCCACCAUCCAUUCGUGUGAUCUCCUUCCUUCGUGUGCCUUACUUCGAAGGUUGACGAGCGAGCCCUCGUCGCCACUGCUCUGUUCCUCCUCGGGACGCGCCUGGCGGGGGAGUGAUCUGCGGAGGCUGGCUCGUCUUUUGGCGGAUCUGAGAAGUGAGCGCUGGCCAGCGGGGAGGUAGCUGACAGCAUGGUGUGGGGAGCAGUCGCGAGGGAAAGAAAGAAGAGGGAGAGAGGAGAAGAGGAAAGCGAUUG